GGUGCGCGGGGUGCCAAAAAGGCUCCUCCACGCAGGCUCAGUGGCACCCUGGCCCUCGCCGCGCCCCCUCACGCCACCCUGCACCACGCCUCCGCCACACAGCCACCCCAGCUGCCUGCGGUCCCGCUCACGCCUGCACACUCGCCGCGCUGCGCCCCGACGCCCUCCACGUGCUGUAGCCACCGCUUGGAGGUCCUCGCCGCGUGUAGCACCACCGCGUUCGCUGUUGGUGUUUGGUGUCGCCUCCCUGCCUGGGAUGGCGGUGGUGUGAGUGUGGCGCGGCGGAGUGUGUGAGUGGCCGCUGUUGUGAGUGUUGAGGUGUGCCGUGCCGUGCCGUGCCGUACUGUGUUUUUGUGCUGUACCGCAUCGCCUCUCCCCCGCACCAUGCAGCUGAAGGCUCAGGUGUGCGUGCUGGUGGUGGUGGGCGUGGUGCUAGUGGUGGGCAGCCUGGUGUUCCAUCACUUCUUCCAGCGGGUGUUCGGCAGCAUGCUGGAGCAGCGCCUCAUGUUGGUGCCGGGCUCCAAGACGCUGGACAACUUCAAGGCGCCGCCCGUGCCCAUCUUCAUGCAGUUCUGGCUGUUCAAUGUGACAAAUCCCGAGGCCGUGAUGAUGGAGGGCGCCACGCCCGUGCUGCAGCAGGUGGGGCCUUACACGUACGAGGAGAAGCAGCUCAAGUACAACCUCACUUUCAAUGACGAGGAGGGCACGGUCACCUACCUGCAGAACAAGACCUUCUUCUUCCGCCCCGAGCUGUCCCCCGGCGUGUCGCUCGCUGACCGCGUCACCACCGUCAACGCCGUCAUGAUCGGCCUAGGCAACCUGCUGGCCUCGCGCCCCGCACACUUCGCUGCCGUCGCGCAGCUCUGGUUCCACAGGUUCGGCGUGACGCCCCUCGUCACCAAGACGGUGCGCGAGCUGCUGUUUGACGGAUACGAGGAGCCGCUGUUGCUGCAGCUGGCGGACCUGACGGGCAAGCCGGAGCACGCCACGGGCAAGUUUGGCUUCUAUAGGAAGAACAACACCAACGACGGCACGUACACGGUGUACACUGGCGUGAAGGGCAUGGACCGCUACCAGCACAUCGCACGCUGGCGCGGCAAGUCCACCAUUGACUUCUGGGAAAAUGACACGGCUGGCGACAACACGUGCAACAUGAUCAACGGCACGGCGGGGUCACAGUUCCCGCGCCCCGUGACACGCCACACGCUGCUGCGCCUGUACGUGGCCGAGCUGUGCCGCUCCAUCUACGCCGAGUACCAGCGCGACGUGCGACACGGCGCCCUCACGCUGUACCGCUUCGUGCUGCCGCCGCGCCUGCUGGCCAACUCGCCCGAGAACCAGUGCUAUUGCCACGACCCCUUCACGUGCCGCGCCUCCAUGAUCAAUGUAGCGCCGUGCAGGAAGGGCGCGCCCGUUGUUAUGUCCACGCCACACUUCUACCAGGGCAGCGCGGAGGACGUGGCGGAGCUGCAGGGCCUGGCGCCGCACGCACUAGAGCACGAGACCUACCUGGACGUGGAGCCCAACACGGGCGUCACCUUCCGGGCAGCCAAGCGCAUCCAGGUAAACCUCCCGCUGCGCCAGUACGCCGGCAUACCCGCCUUCCGCAACGUGCCGGACGUGGUGAUGCCCGUGUUUUGGGUCAACGAGAGCGCUGUGGUGCCCCUGGAGCGCACACACGCCCUUCACCGAACCCUCACGCUGCCUUUCACGCUGGUGACGGUGGGCGUGGGCGUACUGGUCACCCUGGGCGUGGUGCUGAUGCUGGUGGCCGCCAUCAAGGUGUGCCUGGCAGUGAGGGCGGCGAGCGGCGGCAAGAACAGGCGCCCACAGAGAGACAAGGACAAGACCGUCACUGAAAAACUCAACAGCAGGAACUACAGCUGAGCGGCGCCCACCACCACGGCACCCUGCCUGCCGCCACGCCGCCCCGCAGCACUGCCUGCCUGCCUGCAGUGCCAAUAGACAGUGCCAUAGCCAUUGCUCAGUGUCAUAGUGUGUGUGUGUGUGUGUGUGUGUGUGUGUGUGUGUGUGUGUGUGUGUGUGUGUGUGUGCGUGUGUGUGUGCGUGCGUGCGUGAGCGCGCGCCAUGAAAGCCAUACCUCGCAAAGCGGGCAUGGGUAUCAGUGACCAAACGAACAUAGAAACAAACAAACAUGUAAGCGCAUAAAUAGACAGUGCCAGAAUGAGUGUGGGAGAGUGAGAGUGAGAGUGAGAGUGAGACCAUUGCUUGUGUGUGGGAGAGUGAGAGUGAGGGUGAGAGUGAGACCAUUGCUUGAGUGUGGGUCGGAAGAAGGAGGUGUGUAUUUCGGUAAUUAUAUUAUAGUUAUUUCUGUA